AUGUCGACUCUCACAAGAACUAUCGCCAACCUUUGGCGAGUAGGCAUCAAGGAUGCUUGGCACCAAAUGCAGUAUAUCGGUGAUACCAAGGCUGGUACUUUGAUUGGUAUCGAUCGAUUCGGCAACAAGUAUUUCGAGAACAACGAAGAGCUACCCCUCCGAACACGAUGGGUAGACUACAAGGUCCACGACUUCGAUGCGGCCCAGAUUGAGCCCGGCUGGCACGCCUGGAUCUCCUACGCCGUCAACAAGCCACCGACGGAAGACUCGUUGCUUGCAUACAAGCGACGACCUUGGGAGGACACCGAUGCUAAGACGAUCCCCAACUACACCUUCACACGAGGGGCGUACAAGCCAUACAGCACGACGAAGGCGAAGGUUACCGCGUGGGAGCCUGUCGCCGCUGAGAGGAAGUAG